AUGUCGGACGCGUCGCACUCUCGAACAUCGAGUCAGACAACUGCCGCCUCAUCCGUGACCAACACCUCUUCCGCACCUAUGCUCGAGCAUGUGCUCUCGUGCCCGAACAGCUAUGAGAUCCCUCUGCGGACGAUGUACACCCUCAAUUGCGCUCCCCGAGCCCAACCGCUGCCGUCACACCGCCAGCGAGCCGGCGCCCCUUCUUCCGCACCGCUUUCGCCAACCGCCUCGCAGUUCCCGCGUCAAGAUGCGGCAUCGCCGACCAACGACUUCCAGUCCGCUAUAGCCUCUCAAUUGGCCCAGCUACCUUCCCACCCGUCGUCUCUACCGCCGAGUUUCGUCACCAACUUCGUCCGGCGCGUGUUCAAUCCCGAAAUCAUGAAGGUCGACUUCCCCCAGGCAUUGACCGCCCUGGAUUAUCUUAAAGACUUGGAGACCAGGAGAAGACGCGAGGUUGCAGCGGCACUGCAGAGGCUUGGUGUCGAGAGUGGCACACUGAGCUCUGAAGUGGAUGGCACGCUACGGAAGUGCACCGGUAUAGCCUCGUGGGUCCACGAGGCAGAGGAGAAAGAGAAGACAAUCGAUGCUCUGUACACGCAGCUGUAUAUUGGUCUGCGGCGAUGGACACUCAUUAAUGAGCUCUCGCUCACACCCUUCAACCGACACAACUGCCUGGCUAUGCUGAACACGCUCUAUCCCCCCGUCAUCUCAUCCCAACCCACUACGAAGCUGUCCCCAACCAUUCUCUCAUCCCAACGUGAGGGCUUCUUCCGCUACGUCCAAGGCGUCGAGAAGCGCGGUCCCAAGAUCCUUGAGAAUCUCAUGCAGCAAGGCAAAUCCGAGGGCGACAUGAACGGAUGGACUGUUGUGGCACAGACACUCGACGCGUAUCUUUGUCUCGCGAACAGUGUUAUAACAGAGUGCGCGGCGAUCACUGACGCGAAUGAUCUCACGUCUACUGAGGAAGCCAGCAAGCGAAAGGGCAGGAAAGUCGACUCAGGCGUCAGCUUCAACUCCGAUAAGCGCCCCUCGACAGCAGGCAGCAGCGGCAGCGGCAACAGCGAGUGGAGCAACAACAAGCCGCUCCCACCACCACCCGCCCGGACCACUGUACCGAGCACCAAGAGUAGCGGCUCUUUUAUGCAGAAGCUCAGGAAGAUGCGCGUGAGUGCCAGGCCGGAGGUCGAGGAAAUUGUCCGGCGACCGGAGCCAGAUGACAAGGAGAAUUGGAUGGAGGAGACCUCAACCUUCAAGCAAAGGGGCCUUCGGAAGAUGAGGUCGCUUGGUGCGCUUAGCGAGCGUAAUCUGAGCGUCACGUCGCUUCUAAGGUCGAGGAACGUGAGCCCGGCGCCGGCUUUUGACGCACUGGAGAUGAAUAGGCGCCGCUUGGAGUAUGUGGGGAAUUCCAACAAGAGCAAGCAUCGACAUGUAGAGUGA